GGCGAGAGUGUGUUUCUGCCCCCCUUGACCAGAAGCACCUCGACCAUGCCCAAGAAGACCCGUGGGAAAAAGGCGUCCAAGUCGUCGGGCAAGAAGGGCAAAAAGUCGGCGGUCCAGGCCCGGAAGCGGAAGAAGCCGUCUGGGACCAAGGGUUCGCUCGCUGACAAGUUUGCUGCCCGCCUGAGCGGCCUCAACAAAGCCAAGGGCGCAUCGUCUGGUGAUGGCGAAAAUGCCGCCCGCAACCCACGCAAGGGCCAGCGCGGCGGCAAGGGCACUACCGUCUUUGUUAAGCGCUCCAAGAACAACAACGGCUCAGCUUCGGGGUUCCACUUUGCCGGUGACGACGACGGCCACGAUGAAGAUGACAACGGCGAUGACGGCAACAACGACGAUGGCGGCGCGUCGACCGAAGAGUACCAGCGCAACAACGACGGUGACGAUGACGACCCUACCAAGCGCGCUGUCUUUAUCCCUGUUGUCCCUGAUGAGAGCAACUACAAGGGCGCGCUUGUCCGCGCCGUGACCAAGUGCGGCAAGGUGGUCGACAUCUUCCCCAAGUUUGGCAAGUCCAAAAAGUCGGCCAUCAUUGUUUUCGAGACCGCCGCUUCCGCCCGAGAGGCCAUCGCCUCGGUCACUUCUAUCGGCGGUGUACCCAUUAAGGUCUCGCAGGCGCGCUCGGUGCCGUCGUUCGACUCUGCGUCGUCGUCCGCACCUCCCGCCGCGACCAUGCUUCUCCCGACGAUGACGACCGAGACGACGAACGCCAGCCACUUUUUGCAGUCGACAAUGACCCGCACCGCGUCCGCCUUCUCCGGCCUCUCCGGCGCGGGCUCGAGUGACACCGGCCCGUCGUCGUUCAAGCUGCGGGCUACUGCUCCGGCCUUUGUCCCGUCGGCACCAUCGGCACUAUCGGCUCCGUCGGCCCCGCCAGCGCCCGGCUCCAACCCGUUCGCCGUGGCACAGCCCAAGCCGACACCCACCUCUGGGCGCAGUCUGUUCGCGCCGCCCCAACGCAAGCAUGUGGCGCGGAGCAGCCGAGAAGAGGCCCCGUUUGCGACGCAGCGGCCGUCUGCGGCAGCGUCUGCGGCGCUGCGGGCGACUCCACCGGCGGCCGUCGUCCCGGCGCCGUCUACGCUGGUCAAAAUUCGCGACGAUGACUCGCUGACCCAGGAGCGGGCGGCGGAGCGCGCAAAGCGGUUUGCUUCGGUCGGCGAGGCCGAAGCGCGGUACAAGAAGCUCAACGUCGAGGUUGUCCGCAAGCGCGAGGAGGCCAAGGCCGCGCUGGUCCACGGCACCGACGUCCGCGAUGCCGCCGCCAUUGUCGGCACCUGCCCGGACAUGUGCCCAGAGCACGAGCGGCUGGAGCGGUACAUUCGCAAUGAUCUGCUCUCGUUUGAGAAGAUUCCCGGAACGAACACCAUCGACCACUCGGCGGUGAUGAAGAAGUUCCACCGGCCAGCAGCCGGCGACGCGCCCCCGCUCCCGGAAGAGGUCCGUCCGCACCCUGUUCUUCGUAGGACCAUGGACUACGUCCUCGCUCAGGUCAUCGACUCGACGGCGCGGUCGUUUGCUGAGGUCCAUGCCUAUGUCCGCGACCGGACCCGGUCAAUCCGACAGGACUACAACUUUCAGGCCAUCGCCUCGGUCGAGGCUGCCGAGGUGCUUGAGCAAAUUGUGCGGUUCCACAUUCUCUCGGAGCACCGGUGCUGCGAGGAGCCGAUCGAGCUCUUCGACUCGCAGCAGAACAUGGAGCAGUUCUCCAAGUGCAUCACCGACCUCUUCCACAUGUACCGUGUCCUCCGCUACCGCGGCGAGACACCGCCGAACGAGGCUGAGUUCCGCGCCUACGGCGUCCUCUCUCGCAUUGACUCACCCGAGGCGCUGCUUGACCUGCUCACGCUCCCGGCCGAGCUGCUGGCCUCGCCAGACCUCGCCUUUGCGCUCGACGUGGUGCAGGCGUUCAAGACUGGCAACUACGCCAAGUUCUUUAACCUUGUCCGCUCGACGACGUACCUCAACGCGUGCCUCAUCCACAAGUUCUUCAAUCCGAUGCGAAGCGUAGCACUGCGGACCAUGAACCGGGCGUACCGAUCGGUUGCCGGCCCAAUUGCCGGUGCCAAGGUUGUCGAUCCAAUCCCAGUCGAGUACCUCGUGGGCGUUCUCGGCUUUGAGACCGAGACCGAGGCCAUCGCCUUUCUGCAGCACCACGGCCUGGCGCCCGCCGAGGUGCCGGCGACUCAGGCGAACCAGACGAGCCGCGACUACCACGGCCAGGUGUGCGUUUUCUUUGGCACCGACUCGCUGGUCCACAACUCAUCCAAGUUCCCAGUCUCGUGCUCGCACGUCCUCAUCGAGUCCAAGCUCGACCCGUGCGCCACCAACGCGUUGGUUAUCUCGGGCGUCCUGCCGCGGCACGGCGAGCCGCCGCUGGAUCGGGCAAUGCUUCAAAAACACGUCCGCCUCCUCUCCCGACGCGGCGCCGGAGAGGAGGAUCAGGACGCGAUCGCCGCCGCCCGUGCUGCCAAUUCCGAGCGUCGAGCUGCUGCUGCUGCAGCUGCGCGAGAGGCGGAUGCAGUCCGCCAAGAACAGGCUCGCGCAGCAGCCCUCGCGCUAGAGAACGAGCGCCGGGUGGCCCGCGCCAAGGCCGCAGCUGAGGCGGAGGCGAAGGCGGUGGAGGCCAAGGCGGUGGCGGCCAGAGCUAAGGCCGCAGCUGACGCUGAGGCCGCCAAAGCAGCGGCGGUGGCUGCUCGAGUGGCAGCAGCGGCGGAGGCCAAGCGCGUGGCCGAGGCAGCGGCGGCCGAGCGGGCGGCAGCGCAGGCAGCGGCAGCGCAGGCAGCAGCGAACAAAGCCGCAGCCGACAAGGCUGCCCGCGAAGCAACCGCUGCGGCCGCCGCCCGCGAGCGCGCGCUGGCAGCUGAGGCGGCGGCGUCGGCCGAGAAGCUACGGCGCGAGGCGGCAGCACUUGCGGCCGAAGAACAGCGACUGGCGUUGGCGCGCGAGGAGCGGCUGGCGGCGGAGGCGGCGGCGCGCGAGCUGGAGCGCGCACUGGUGGCUCAGCGCGAGGCGGCGGCGCGGCGGCAGGCUGCGCGCGAGGCGAACCUGAUCCGCGCGCGGGAGCAGCGGAUCACGCGCGGGCUGUUUACUCGCUGGCGAUCGAUGUAUGAGACGUGCGCGCGGAUCCGUAGCGAGCGCGCCGCACGGCGGGCCGAGCUCGAGGCGCGGUACCAGCAGUUCAAGGCGUCGUUCACCGGCGUACCGCUGAGCUCGGGCUUGUUCUCGGCUGGCGAGCACAUGAGCAUGCUGCUCGAAGUGCCGGGCGAGGGUGAGAGCGAGGGUAACGAAGCCACGCCGCCGGUAACGCCAGCCCGGACCGGCAAGGGAAAGAGCUUGGUGCGGAGCGGCACUUCGCUGCUCUCGCCCGCGGGCGCCGGUGGGGUGCGGCUGGCACGGAGCCAGCUCUCGGCCGGCUCGUCGUUCCGCGAGUGGGAGGCGGCGAGCGCGAGCCAGCAGGUGCUGAUGGCGAUGCGACUCCGCGCCGAGGAGGAGAGCCACGCGUUCUGGUGCGCCCUGGACGUGCCGAGCCUGGUGGCCAAGCCACUGUACGAGGCCUUUCUUGCGCAUGUGGCGUCGGCGAUGCCACCGUUUGAGGCUGGAGUCAAGCGGUCGCGAGCGGCGACGCCGCUGCUCGAGUCAGCCCAGGGCGAAGACGGCUGCCACGUUCGGGCUGGCUCGAUGUCGGAGCACUGGCCGCUGCGCGGGACUGCGGGCGCGGCUAGUGCAGCCCCAGCGACGGUGACGCUUGGGUUCAAGGUGGUGGUGGCGGCGCGGUCGUCGCCACACGAGUCCGAUAUCUCGUCGUGGCUGGCGGGCAAGCUCGCCAAGUCUGCGUCGCUCCUUACCGACCAGCUUGACCAGCUCUCACCGAACUCGGCGACGCUGACGGCGCCGCUGACGGCGUACGGGGUGGCGGCCUCCGAGCUCGGGCGUGAGAUCGAGUCGUUUGGCCAGGCCUUUCUGCCACAGCUGCAAACGCAUGAGACCAAGCGCGCGCUCGCCGAGGUGUUGCGCGGGACGACAUGCCUUGUCUUUGUCCUCCACACCAGUGGCGACGGCGACGACGGGUCGUCGGACGAAGACGACGAUGCCGAGGCGACCGAGACUGCCGAGCGCGAGCGGCUCCACGCGCUGGUGGCCGGACUCGCACCGCAGGCUGGUGCCGCUCUGCUUGUGUUGUACGCGUCUGACGCGGUGCAGGCCGAGUCGGGCGCGCGCGAGCUAGAGGUGCAGGCGGAGAUGCGGCGGGUGGCACGGGUGCUCGAGCUCGGCUCACUGCCGCAGGCGCAAGUCGGGGCGUGGCGGAUCCAGCCGUACAAUGAGCUGCAGGCCGGCGACCCGAAGCAAGGUCAGUACUCGGUGUGCACGCUCCAGGCCGGGCUCAAGUGGGCGGCCGAGUACGGGCCUGCGGCACCGCCGCUGGCGCUGUUCUCGCUUGGCGAGCUCAUCGAUCACUACGUCUCUGUCCACGUCGACGAGGUGCUCUCGCGUCCUGCACUCACGCUUGAGCACGGCAUCGGCAUGUUCAACGGGGUGCUCGACGCGCUCGCCUCGCUCCUCACCGACGACCGGCUCGGGGCGUACGACUGGCCGGCGCCCGAGUACGCGCCCGACGCGGUGCCGCCUCUCGAGUGGAACGCACCUGGCGCGCUGGCGACGCUGGGAAGCGUACUGAGCGCGCUCAAGCUUCCGGAUCUCGGCCGAGUUGGGACGGCGUACGUGCCAUCAGACGGGUCAACGAUGCAGGUCACCUCUGUGCAUCUCGAGGGACUCGCGUACGCGCAGCCGGGCCUUGUCUCUGCGUUCCUCUCUGACUAUGCAAGCGCGCUUGCGGCACGGGAGCACGAGUCACCGCUCCUCCCACUGGCGCUGGUGUCGAUGCGGACAGCAUUGCAGCACGCGCUGCGUGCGCACUUUCCGCAAGCACUCGGCGGCAGCGGCAGCGGGCGCUCGACGUUUGUGCCGUCUGUGGAGCUCGGCCCGCUGUGGGCCAUGUUCAUGCGGGCGGUGGUCGAGCACCGGCUGGAGCAGCUGCCGGCCGAGGUCCGUGCACUCCCGGUGUAUCAUACAUACCUUCGACCGCCGCUCGGCCCACUGCCGAGCUCGCUGGUGGAGGCCCACGUCAAGGCCAACCGCGAGCCGGCGCGUACGCCGCGGCGGAUACCGCCGACCGUGGUCGGGCCCGGGGUGCUCGGCAAGCGGUCUGCCGUGUUCGACGACGAGCUCGGCGACGUCGACGUUGCGCUGCAGCCGCGGACACCGAUGCUACGGACAAACUCGGGUGUCUUUACGCUGUCUGCGGCUGGCAGUCCUGUAGCGACGCCACCGGCCUCAAAGCGACGCAAGCCGCUAUCGGCGUCCAAGGCGCCGCGUGGCGCGCCGGGCACACCGCGGAUGGCACGGUCGGCGCGCAAGCUGCGGGCGGCAACCGGCUCGCCGCAGCUCCGCACAGCCACCGGUUCGAGCUCGGGCUCGGGCUCGGACGAGGCCGACCUCUCUGUUGACGACCUGUUUGCCAAGUUUAUGCGGCGGGCGCACAAGCAGCGGCGCAAGAUGGCCGAGUCAGACCUGCUCCUGUGGUCGGUGAGCGAGUCGAAGCUCUCUGUGCCGAGCUGA